CUUGUAUGCGUGGGGUGGCUUCGAUAGGCGCCGACGGAUAAGCUGGUCCACGCUGAUUGAACCAGGCAGGAGAAAGGGCGAUGCCUCUCAUUGGCUUGUGGAGUCGAGGACUCGAGGCUGUGUUCCUGAAGCGGUUUAGCGCCUGAGCAAAACACAUCGAAAGUCGGAGAUGAUGUUGGGCUUUCUCUCCCUUCUGUUCCGUGUUGUUAUUCCUAUACCCUGUUCGUUCAUUCUUCCAGGCCAAUCGCUAUAGUCAUUGCAUCGAUAUGUCUGCUUCCAAGGUUCCCGAAAUUCUUAUCAAAAAGCACCCACAGCAACGGCUGUCCAGCCCGAGUCGCGAGACUUCGGCGAUUAUCCAUUUGAUUGGAUUGGCCAGCUUCUCAUCGUCGUUUAAAUUCCUUCUUGACAAUCCGAACUAUGCCUCCGAGGGCUAUGGCUGGCACUUUGUUUUCCUGACAAUUCUGGGCCUAGCACUGUCCACACUUACCUUUACCAUUGCGUUCUUGGCAGACAUUACACUCGCUCGACGCCUUUUUCUGUUAAAGAAUGUUUUGUCAGUCUGCAGUGCCCCGCUCGAGGUCCUAAUCACUGUCUUAUACUGGGGUAUCAAGUCGAUCGACCCCAAAUUAGUGAUGCCUGAAGAGGAUGUCAUCCCGCUUUAUGCCGAUUUGGGUUUCCAUCUCCUUCCGACUCUGUUCAUGCUUUUCGACCUCCUCUAUCUUUCGCCUCCAUGGACGGUCACUGCAUUCCCUGCAAUGGGGAUAUCGAGCUGUAUCGCAUUUGGCUACUGGUUCUGGCUGGAGCAGUGCUACUCGAUCAACGGAUGGUACCCAUAUCCACUUCUUGAGCUUUUAGACACAAAAGGGCGUAUUGCACUAUUUACUGUCAGUGCUCUUCUUAUGGCAGUCAACACAGUGACGUUGAAAUGGCUGUAUGGUCGCGUCAAUGAUCUCGGACGAGUUGAACAGCCAAAAGCCCGACCCGGCGAUCUCAAGAAACCCGAUUAUCAUGAAUGAGAUCCUUAAUUCUUAUUGAAAAGAACGAUCCCCAUCGUUAUCCUUAUUAUUAUCGAUGACUGGUGAUUCUCACGUUGGUUAGGUUAAGGAACCACCUGGAACACUACAUUUUCGGCUACAAAACUCAUAUACAUAUUCAUGUAGGCGCAUAAACAUCAUUAUUUGUUAUCAUAUACAAACACAUUCGGCUCAAGAAGUUCAGUUAUCAACGUCUAUGAAUGUAUCUAGGUGGAAUUCCUUGAAUAUUUAAUCAAUCCAUUCAACCAAUAAAA